UGGCGAAAGUAAGUCAUUAUGUGGAAAAAAGCGAUAUGAAGUAUUUCGUUGUUAUUUCUUUGGGUAUCAUAGCCCUUGCAGUCUCAAGCUUUGCCCAAGGCGAAGGAUUGGAAAGUUUAGAUGACAAGGCUGCUGAUAAUGAACCAUUAUUGGGAUCUGGGGGACCCUGGGGACCAUUUUUUGGAACACCUCAACGUCAAGGUGAACAACAGGUCGAUGAAGAAUUUCAGCCAAAUGAUGACAAUUUCUUCAUUUUCCCAAUUAAUCCUUUACGUUUUCCAUCGUUAAAGCCAGUUUUUUUUGAUUUUGGAUCAAAUAAUGACUUUGGUCUAGGAAAUAUAUUCAAAGAUAAUAAUGAACGCAAACGAACCACUACCACAACGGCUUCCCCAUGAUGGCAGCUGGUGGAGAGUAAAUUAUAUUAAGUUGGUAUUUGUUUUGGCGGCAAUUUAAACAUUUCGACAAUAGAGUUCUUAUUCUUGAAA